UUCUGAGAAAGUUAAAGCCUCGAGCUCCAAGCUCCGUGAGAUGGAUGCCAUUUAAGGGACGCCACCUGGAGCUCUGCGUCCGCACCUGGGCUGUGUGGAGGGGCCAUAAAUGGGCAAGAUGGCAGCCUCCCAUCUCUGGAAGCAGGAGGAAGCGGCUCCCGCUUUGAAAGUGUGGCUCCUGUCUGCCGUCGGCCAUGGAUCGGUGGUGGCUGCUCCUGUUAGGGCUGUGGACAGCCGCACCACCCACCUGGGCUGGGGACGGGCUGCUCAAUGUCUGCAUGAACACCAAAUACCACAAGCGAGAGCCUGGCCCAGAAGACGGGCUCUACGAAGAGUGCAACCCCUGGCGAGGCAAUGCGUGCUGCAGGGCAGGCACCAGCCUGGACGCCCACCUGGACCUGCCCUUGCUCUACAACUUCAGCUUGCACCACUGUGGGGUGAUGCUGCCAGGCUGCGAGAAGCACUUCCUCCAGGCCAUCUGCUUCUACCAGUGCUCCCCAAACCUGGGGCCUUGGAUCCAGAAGCUGGACUCGGGCGGGCCGGGCGCGCGAAUUCUGGAGGUGCCCCUGUGCUGGGAGGACUGUGAGCAGUGGUGGGAAGACUGCCGCACAUCUUACACUUGCAAAGCUGACUGGCACAGCUGGGACUGGAGUGGGGGCAAGAACCUCUGCCCUGCACAAGCCUCCUGCCACCCUUUCCCCCAUUACUUCCCCACCCCGGUUGACCUGUGUGAGAAGAUUUGGAGUCACUCCUUCAAGGCGAGCCCUGAGCACCGCAACAGCGGGCUGUGCCUACAGAAGUGGUUUGAGCCUGCUCAGGGCAACCCCAAUGUGGCCGUGGCCCGCCUCUUCGCCAGCACGGCCCUGUCCCGGGACCGCCCCUGCAUGCUCCUGGCCUUCUCUCUGCUCCUGGCGUUCCUGUCCUCAGAGCCCCUUCUUCUCCCACCCACAUUCCUCCUUUCUUGGGUCCUUCCCUUAAAUAGAGCAGCACAGGCUGGGGGCCGGAGACACUGAGGCUUCAGAAGCGGCUGCCCAAGCACUGAACAUUCAGUUCUAGCCGCCCCCGCCCCCCAUCAUCCCACUCUGCUCUGUUCUGUCUUCCUCUGCCUGGAAAGCAGCAGAGGCCGGGAGCGCCCACGUGACCUUCUCCCUUCGCCUUUAUGGGGCCUCUGCGACUCCGAUGUGGGGCUCCAGGCCCUUCUCAUCCAGGGUGUGCCCACCUCCUUCCAGGGCAGAGCUGCUUGUCACCACCCUGGCCUCCUGUCCCACAAUGGGGCCUCCAAUAAAACUGCACUUGACCUUCGCCCUCCGUGUGACCCACUCUGUCCUAGCCCUACAGUCAGAGAGUCAGUCCGCAUGCUGCACUGACAUCUCAGAGUUGGCUGCGACCUAACUCCUAACAAUUAGCUUCUUCAUGUGUGCCAGGUCCUCUCCUUUCCUCCUCAGAACACCUCCUGGUGGGAAGACUUUCCAUACCCCCUCUCCCCAGCCCCCAUAAGCCCUGUGCCAUACAGAAGACCCAAAGCCAGGGUAAGGACCACCCAGACCACUGGUUUUAUUUUGGAUACAGGAUUAAAGCCCCUCCAAUGCUUGAGGCAUUUCCUCUUUUUUUUUUUUUUUUUUUUUUAGGAUUUUAUUUGAGAGGUCAAGCGGUGAGAGAGCACUUGAGUGGAGCGGGUUGGGGGGAGGAGAAGCAAACUUCUGGCAGCUGAGCAGGGAGCCUGACACAGGGCUGGAUCCUAGGACUCUGGGAUCCUGACCAAAGCCGAAUGUGGACGCUUAACUGAGGGAGCCUCCCAGCUGCCCAUUUCCUAUUCUUUUAACCCUAGAUUCACAACACACAGCUCAGGAAUUCUGGAAGCCAGGGCUCUAUUCCAGUUUUACGCUUUCUAUAGGACUUUUGGCAAGUCCACUGGACUUCAGUUAAGACUGUGCCUCCCCCUCCCCUGAGAGGCAUGAUGGAGUUGGACUCCAUGAUUUCUUAACUUACAAAAAGAAAAAGGGAAAAGCCAAAGCCACAGUUUGUUGGGCUACGGUCUGUGCUUCUCAGGCAGUGCCACACCAUAAAGAACAAGACAGAAGUCAGAACUGAACCAGAGAAGGGGCGCUGGGGCAGCCUUCACAUCCCUUCUGUAAGUGGCGUGGGAGCCAAUCCACCCUCCCAGAACGUUCCAGAACCAGAAGCCCAACAGCUUCUCAGCAUAGAUGGCACCUUCCCUACAACCUUUCCAUUGACAAAGAGGGUUUCUAAUAUGUCAGCCCCUGAGGUAGUUGGCUUUUCUGACACUCAUUCUCACCAGACACCAGUAAGACUUGCUCAUAGUUAAAGUCUAUCUCCAUCCCUCCACCCUUACCGUGAAUGUGCUCCUUCACUGAACAGACCCUGUCACAGCUUGGGCACUCGGGUUCUCAAACCAGUGAGGACGGUCCUCCUGAGUGAGGUGCUCAGAGUCUGGAGUAGGAGACCAACACUAGCAGUGGACACAAAGCACUUGGCUGGAAGCCUGAGAGAACAGGGACUGGGCUGGGGAUCCUCACAAAGGGGGUGAUGCCUGAGCCCACUGAAGAGAUAUCUUUUCAUUAAGCACAGGAACAACAACAACAAAAGGCUAAACAAAAACCAGCCAGUCCCUAAUGCCCCAGUGAUCUAUCUGAAACAGGAACUUUACCUACUCUUAAGUGAAUCAAGAAAUUGUGGCUUUAAAAAUACAUAU